ACUAGUGACUUCAUCCUGACAAUUUUGCAAUGUGGUUGAGCCAAUCAACACUCUUUCCAGCAGUAUCUGAGUGCCAGCUGCCGUGCUCAGCUUCUUGAUCUCUGAGUGCCAGAUUUACCAUACUAUAUUUAACCAGUCCCCUGUGGAUGGACAUCUGGAUUAUUGCUCAUUUUUUUCUGCCACAAACAGUGCUGCAGUUCAUCGCCACACUUCCAUCACUGCAUACGGCAGAGUCCUAGGAGAGGAGACACGAGUCAGAGGAUAUGUGCGUUUGAAAUUUUGAUGGGUUGUCAUAGGAUUUUCUCGUCACCACUCAAUCAUAUCUACUUACACACGCAGUCAACCAGUCAACAAAGAAGAAAUUUCUUUUUCCGGAGACAAAGAGAGAUUUCCCACAGUAUAGUUUUGCCGGCUGCAGUUUCUUCAGCUCAUCCAGUCCCUAAGCACAUAAAGAAGCCAGACUAUGUGACGACAGGAAUUGUACCCGACUGGGGAGACAGCAUAGAAGUUAAGAAUGAAGAUCAGAUUCAAGGACUUCGCCAGGCUUGUCAGCUGGCCCGACAUGUCCUCCUCUUGGCCGGGAAGAGUUUAAAGGUUGACAUGACAACUGAAGAGAUAGAUGCUCUUGUUCAUCAGGAAAUAAUCAGUCAUGAUGCCUACCCCUCACCUCUAGGCUAUGGAGGUUUUCCAAAAUCUGUUUGUACCUCUGUAAACAACGUGCUUUGUCAUGGUAUCCCUGACAGUCGACCUCUUCAGGAUGGAGAUAUUAUCAACAUUGAUGUCACGGUUUACUACAAUGGCUACCACGGAGACACCUCUGAAACAUUUUUGGUGGGCAAUGUGGAUGAAUGUGGUAAAAAGUUAGUGGAGGUUGCCAGGAGGUGUAGAGAUGAAGCAAUUGCAGCUUGCAGAGCAGGGGCUCCCUUCUCUGUCAUUGGAAACACAAUCAGCCAGAUAACUCAUCAGAAUGGUUUGCAAGUCUGUCCACACUUUGUGGGACAUGGGAUAGGAUCUUACUUUCAUGGACAUCCAGAAAUUUGGCAUCAUGCGAAUGACAGCGAUCUACUCAUGGAGGAGGGCAUGGCGUUCACCAUAGAGCCAAUUGUAACCGAGGGAUCCCCUGAAUUUAAAGUGCUGGAGGACUCGUGGACUGUGGUCUCCUUGGACAAUCAAAGGUCUGCCCAGUUCGAGCACACAGUUCUCAUCACGUCCAGGGGCGCGCAGAUCCUGACCAAACUGCCCCACGAGGCCUGAGGAGCAAUACGAAGGUCGCAAGAGACCUUUUUCUUAAAUUGCUGAAAUCCAGCUGGAGAACUUUUAGAAGAAAUUGGCUAACGGCAGGUCCCAGAGUAACCUACCUAGCACCUAGCAGCGCCGGCUAGGGAAAAUGCGGUAGGGCUUGGGAGCCGUUCUGAACACAAAUCUGAAGCCCCGAAGUGGCCGUGCGCAUUCGGAGAGACGGAUCCUGGCGCGUCUGUUUCCCAACGCGGGAAAUGCAUCUGGAAAGGAACGGGGACGCCCUCAUUUGGAAGACUAGGAAGUCUUAGAAAUGCAUACUUUUCUCUUUCCCUAGCCUUGACUCUGCCCGAAUAGAAAGCUUUCACUCC